AAAGAAAAACAAAAACAAAAGAAAAGCAUGCUGAUGAUGAAUUUCCAAACUGCAAGCUCCCCCCCAGCUCUCCUUUAGUUGAACCGCAAGAUCAGCUAAAACUUAAAACCCCAUUUUUCCAUUUAGAGUUUCCUUCUCAACCCCCAACCCCCCACCCCUCGAAUCCGACCAAAACCCUAGCUCUGCUCGUGAAGGCAACAAAGCAAAGUUUUGUAUAUAUGUGAAAUAUAUUACUCAUUGGGAAUGGCGAUAAUAGGGGACGCCUUGCGGCAAGCAUUCAUGCCGAAGCACGAGUACGAGAGCCUCCGGGAAGAGGAGAAGGCCUGGCAGAAGAUACAGAAGCCACUGAUUUCCCUCUCGCUCACCCUAAUUUCCCUUUCUGUUUUGGUUUCCACUGUAAUUAGCUUGAAGAUAGUGUUUCCAGAUGACAAUUUGAGGAGGCCGUUCUGCCGUGAUCUUAGGAUUCAGCCUCUGUCCAUUAAUUUCACCACGCCGGUGGCGAGCGUCGGCGUACGCGGUGAGUCGGAUCUUUUGCCCGGCGCUUUUGUUUUGACGGAUCAGGAGACGGUUGAUUAUUACUGGAUGGUGGUGUUUGUUCCUUCCGCUAUGAUCUUCGCGGCUUCUGUGGUUUACCUGAUUGCAGGGAUUACUGUUGCUUAUAGUGCUCCUGUACGCCAUGGAUGCUUGAAGGUGGUUGAGAACAAUUACUGUGCAUCUAGAAGAGGAGGUGUUCGCUGUCUGUCCAUACUGAACAUUGUGUUUGCCAUCAUAUUUGGUCUUCUUGCACUAUUUCUUGGUUCAACUCUCCUCACACUUGGUAGCAGCUGCUCUUUGCCACUGUUUUGGUGCUAUGAAAUUGCAUGUUGGGGUUUGGUCAUUCUGCAUGGAGGGGCUGCUUUCUUCCUCAGAAGAAAAGCAGCAGUGAUACUUGAUGAGAGUGACCUUGCUGGUAGAAAUAUUGGGUUAGAGAUGCUUGAAGCAAACCCUCCAGAAUUCACGCCGGACAUGGAGAGACGUGUCGAUGAAGGUUUUAAAGCAUGGAUGGGUCCGUCUUUCCUGUCCUCUGAUGAGGAGGAUGAACCUGAUGAUUAUCUAGAAGCGCCCAGUAUAACCCAUUCAAACUCCACCCGCCUGAGAGUGUGAAGUAUAUCUGCAGAGUUCUCUUAUUCAAAGAGCAGUUUCCAUGACUUGUGGCGCACAGUGAACGUGGACAUAGAUCCAGCUGUAAGGGAUUAGGUGCGGCGGCGUUAAGUGAUACAUUCACAAAGUUGAGAUCAGGAGUGGCAGCAAGGAAUGAACUUUAAUCCCACGCGGAAGCUUUUACAUUUGGCUAGGAAGUAUCUCGAGAUGUACAAAUUGUAUUGAAGAGCCUUUGUAGUUAUGGACUUGAGAAUUCUGGACAGGUUUACGGCUGAAAGUACUUGCUUGGCAACAGAACAAAAACAAAAUGACACAUAAAAAAUAUCAGGAAUUAUCUUGAAAAAACUUUUAAAUUGAUGUAUAUGUCGUCUAAUUCUUUACA